GAAGCUAUGUUGAGUCUAGGAGCAGUGAGGCCAGUGAUGGUCUCUCUGAAACCCCUUCUUCCCUCUUUCUUCCCUCAAAAGGCCCCCCUUUUCUCAGCAAUCUCCAGACGUGUCUCUCUUUUAUCUUCCUCCGCAUGGCGGGCCCAUUCUUUUACAUCACGGGCUUCAAAUCCGUUACAUAAUGUCAGUGUUGAGCCCUGUUAUCUCUCUUGCUGCAUGCCCGAUAGGCGUCUCAGAGUAGCUGUUCUUCUCAGCGGUGGUGUUGAUAGUAGCGUCGCUCUCCGCCUCUUGCAUGCCGCUGGCCACCAGUGCACUGCUUUCUACCUCAAAAUCUGGUUCCAAGAAGAUUUUGAGAACUUCUGGUCAGAAUGCCCAUGGGAAGAAGAUUUGAAGUAUGCCAAAGCUGUUUGUGAUCAGGUUGAUGUACCAUUGGAAGUUGUGCAUUUGUCUGAUGAAUAUUGGAAAUAUGUGGUCUCAUACAUUAUUGAGGAGUAUCGAUGUGGUCGUACUCCCAAUCCAGAUGUUCUUUGCAAUACAAGAAUUAAGUUUGGUGCAUUCAUGGAUGCCAUAAACAGUAUGGAGUUUGAUUAUGUUGCUUCUGGGCAUUAUGCCAAUGUCAUUCACCCAUCUGCAGAUCAAAUAAAUAAGCCUUCUGUCUUAGAACUCUCAAAGGAUAUGGUCAAAGAUCAAACUUAUUUUCUUUCACAUCUGUCUCAGACCCAACUAAAACGACUUAUUUUCCCACUUGGUGGCAUUUCGAAGGAUGAAGUUCGCAAUCUUGCUGCACAAUUUGAUUUACCUAACAAGGACAGAAAGGAUUCACAAGGAAUAUGUUUUCUUGGGAAGAUCAAAUUCAGUGAAUUUGUUGCAAGACAUAUUGGGGAGAUGGAAGGUAUUAUAUUGGAAGCUGAGACCGGAGAUUUCCUUGGCUCACAUCGAGGGUUUUGGUUCUACACAAUUGGUCAACGACAAGGUCUACGUCUUCCAGGGGGUCCCUGGUAUGUCGUUGAGAAGGAUGUUAAGAACAAUGUAGUGUUUGUGUCUAGAAAUUAUUUCUCAUUUGACAAAAGAAGGCGCUUAUUCCGUGUUGGCUCCUUGAGAUGGUUUAGUGGGUUGCCUCCUAAGCAGAUGCAUGAGCUCCAGUGCAAGGUGAGACAUGGCCCUGGGUUUUACGAUUGCAGUGUGGAAAUAAAAUCCGGUAACGUUGGUGGUGAAGAUGUUGCAGUUGUUCACUUGUGUGAAGAUGAUCAAGGUCUGGCAGCAGGACAAUUUGCAGCCUUUUACAAGGGAAAGACCUGCAUAGGCUCUGGUGUAAUUUUGGAGUCUUGGGAUGAUCAAGGUUUUCCUGUAUGUGAAAAGGCUCUUGAAUUAGCAAGAAUGGAAGAUAAAUCGAAGCUUGGAAAACCAGUUAAAAUAAAAGUUAAAACAGAGAUUCCUGAGGGUUCUCAAGGGAAGGAGGGAAUAGAACGAAAUAGACUAGUAGCUGAGUCCCAGGCUGCUAUCAUGAGUUGAAAAGUUGGAAAUAUCAAAGAGAGAUACGGUCAGAUCCCUGUGAAUUGGAUAUGAUAUUAAAGUAAUGGUUCAGAUAUUAGUCUUUAAUGGAACCCCCGAAGCACCAACGAAAUAACGAAGACGUGGGUGAGAAUCCUUUGCGAGGAAGAGCUAGAUCUAUGCCUCUGUUCAUCCAAUGGAUCUCAUUUCAUGAGCUUGUUGCUUGCACAACCUUCAUGAGGCGGGUGUGAUCGGAACCAUAUUACUUCUGUAAUUCAUAAUGCGUAUUUUUUUGGCAAUAAGCAUUUGAAAUGUAUGACUAUUUCUUUCCUGAUUUACGAAAAGGAGUGUACAAUAAUAUUAGAUUUCAAGUUCUUGCUUAGUGAAAA